UAAUCGGAGUUUGAUUGAAGUCACUUUAAAUUCUUAACAGAGUCGCGUAGCUAAUCUGGUACAGUGAACGGGGCUUAAGACUCGUGACAGUCGCCGCCUCCCACCGCCCAUCAUUGAGAGAGUGGAUGACGACGCGAUCACUGUGCGAUUGUUGACAUUUUGCUUUAGAUGCCAAUGUAAAUCCGGUUGAUCCUGUCUCUCCACCCGGGUGCUCGUCGUGACGCUUCGGUUUGUCAAAUUGGCAGUCAUCUUUUAAUCCAUUCCGUAUGACCAUGAGUUCACCAAUAUCAAUGAGCAACGCUGGACCACCGACUACUGCCACUGGUAUGGAAACAGUGGUGGCGGUCGCCUUGGGUGCACUCGCCGCUGUCUUCCUCGGCGCUCUUCUGGUGCUUCUGGUUAUCUGUCGUAGACAACGCUGUUAUUACAAUCAAAAGGAUUCCGCGGAGCUGAGCUCUGAUUUGCUCGAAGGAGAGAACAUCACUGGUUUGGGAUUAGAUGUGUGGGAAAGUGAAGAGUGGUUGGCGGGUGCUGAAAGAUGGGUUGACGAUGCCACUGGUUUAGCUCCACCUUGUAUAGCAGUGCUUCGAUCUUGUCAUUCUUUAGCAGCUAGUCUUACUACUAUCGCUGGAACUGUCAACAGUAAUACUGUUCCACUGGAGAUAGUGGAUGUUGCCCGACGCAUACCGCCUCGUGUAGAUGACGUUGUUCGCAGUUUGUAUCCUCCUUUAGACGCUAGAUUAUUGGAAGCUAGAGUGGCAGCUCUAGUAUUAGCUGUGACCCAUUUAGCAUUGGUGACCAAACACGGCGUGCCUAAGAGCCAAGCCAGAAAACUGGCAUUCAUUGAUCAAGCCCUGAACGACAUGGAUACUCAUUUAUUGGUGCUGAGAAACGCAGCGUUGGCCCAGGAAGUAGCUUGCUCUAUCCCAGCCUCUACGCCAGUUUGAGUAUACGUAGAUUGAUCUCGCGAUGAAAUCAAAUCUCUGUCGUCACAGUAUUUGUAAUCGUCGGAUUAGCUUCUCGUAAUUUUGUUUUCGUCACACAAUCGCAACGAAAGCUGUACAUAAUAUGGCCGCUAGAUUUGUAAAUAUAGCGUUUAGUAAAUUCGAACCAUGCAUCAGAUAGCAAUUAUGCGAAAAUGGGAUCAUCGCUGAUCUCAAGGCACAAAAACGAACAAAGUUCGAGAUUACUGAUGGGGGGGG